GGGUGAAAAGGUGUCUUCAGGGAUGUCAGUAGACCUGCCUCCAGAGUGUGAAUCAUGCGCUUUUCGUCUCCCAGAAGCCAAUGUCUCAGCAGGACCACCAGGCCCCAGGGGUUUCAAAGGUGAAAGAGGACAGUCUGGAACCUAUGGACCCAAAGGGGAGAAAGGAGUACGAGGAGCAGAUUGCAUCCGAACCUCAUCAGAUGGACCCCUUCGGUGUGCUGAGGGUGUAAAAGGAGAGAAAGGACAGCAAGGGGAGGUGGGUCCAAGAGGAUAUGAGGGACCAUCUGGGCCAGAAGGAGAGAAAGGACAAAAAGGUGAAAAGGGAGAUUUAGGAUAUAAAGGAUCUUCUGGUGCUCCUGGUCGGGAUGGCAGGCCAGGUGAAAUCUGUGUUGUGGGACCAAAGGGUCAAAAGGGAGAAACUGGAAUUGUAGGCCCUGAAGGAUUGGCAGGAGAACCAGGACCUCCAGGAAAGCCAGGACUCCCUGGGAUUGGAUUACCAGGCAAACCUGGUGAUCCAGGUGGUCCUCCUGGCUCCACAGGUGAAAAGGGUACAUCAGGAAUUCCAGGCAGAGAUGGUGCUGUGGGAAAAUCGGGUAAACCAGGUGUAUCAGGGCUGAAAGGAGAGAAGGGUGAACCAUGUGAAGUGUGCCCAUCUGUAAAUGCUGAUGGAACGCCAGUUAUUAGUGUACCUGGAAUCAAAGGGGAGAAAGGGCAAUCAGGUCUUCCUGGAAUUGGAGAGCAAGGAAAGCGAGGUGAAAAAGGUGAACGAGGGACUGAAGGUGAACAGGGACCCACAGGUAUCAGUGGCUUGAAGGGUGAAAAGGGAGAGCCCUGUACAGCCUGUAUAGAUUCUCCAGCCCUCGCUAAUUUAUUUAACUCGGGCACUCGGGGUCUCAAGGUGAGAGACUGUAAUUGGACUACCUGGCCUGAAGGGGGUACCUGGUGCAGAUGGACCAUUGGGGCCCAAAGGAGAAAAGGGAGAUAGAGGAGUGGAAGGACCAGCUGGAAUACAAGGUAUACCAGGAGAUCUUGGAAUGACAGGUACCACUGGAUCCAAAGGAGAAAAGGGAGAGCCUUGUAGCAUCUGUCCGAGUCUCCCAGCUGAAGUGACAAAGCCUGAUACUAUCUAUGCCGUGCCAGGGACCCCAGGAGAGAAAGGAGAAAAGGGGGAUGCUGGAACUGGACUGCCAGGGAAAAAUGGUAUGCCAGGUGAUGCUGGAACAAAAGGGCAGAAGGGUGAGGCUGGCAGCCAAGGGGAUCCUGGAAUUACAGGGACAACAGGUGCACCAGGUCUAUCUGGAGCACCAGGAAUCCAAGGGUCUAUUGGACUUAAAGGGGAGAAGGGAGAUGCGUGUGACUCUUGCCCAGUAAUGGUUGAUGGAAAUCAAGAUGUUGUUGGCAUACCUGGCAAACCUGGACCAAAAGGGGACCAGGGCCCUGCAGGGGUUGGACAAACAGGAAAACCUGGUCAGCCAGGAAUGCCUGGGGUUCAAGGGCCACCGGGACUUAAAGGAACUCAGGGUGAACCAGGACUUCUAGGACAAGGAAAAAGAGGAGAACAGGGUGAACGAGGACAGCCUGGCCCAACUGGAAAAACAGGACCUCCUGGACCUCAGGGACCUCCAGGAUUUAUGGGGCCCAAAGGCGAAAAGGGUAGCGCUGGACAAAAAGGGUCAACAGGAGACCCAGGAAUUCCUGGAAUGGGUGCCAUGGGACCUCCGGGACGUGAUGGAACACCAGGAAAACCAGGAUAUCCAGGAACUAAUGGCAGACUAGGAGAAAAGGGGGACAGAGGUGAAAAAGGAGAGGGUGGAGUAUGUUCCUGUCCUCCUGGACCAUGGAUGGAUUCAUCAAAUGGUGAUUUCUGGCGAUAUGGAAUUCAGGGACCCCCCAGGACCACCCGGACCUCCUGGUCCUCCCGGACUACCAGGUCACCAGGGUUUGCCCGGACACAAUGGUAUGCCAGGACCACCUGGAGUGCCAGGAGAACUGGGACCCCUGGCUGCAGAACGAAACAUUGAUGUCCUGAAGAGUAUUUGUGGGGACUGUGCCAAUGUGCAGAACAAUCCCAGCGCCAUGAAAGGAGAGAAGGGAGAGCAAGGACAGCCUGGCAUUCCUGGAGGAGAGGACUGUGAGAGGUGUCGACUGGAAAAGGCAGAAGAAAUUGGAGACGAACCUGAUCCUGGUUGUGAAGGUGGACCAGGUCACCCAGGAUUGCCUGGACUGAAAGGAGAAGAGGGGCCUCCAGGACCAAGAGGAUUUCCUGGCCCCCCUGGACCAAUUGGGCCCUCAGGUUUUCCAGGCUCUCCUGGCUCCCCCGGAUUACCUGGCAUGCAGGGAGAACGAGGACCUCCUGGACCACAUGGAGAAAAAGGAGAACUGGGGCCUCCUGGUCUGCCUGGAUAUCCUGGAGCUCUGGGUCCCCCAGGACUCCCUGGUACCAAAGGUGAACGAGGGUACAGUGGACCAGCUGGUGAAAAAGGAGAGUCGGGUCCUCCUGGUAUUCCUGGAGUCCCGGGAUCUUCCGGCCCUGCGGGUCCAAGAGGAGAGAGAGGACUGUCAGGAAAUUCUGGAGAAAAAGGUGAUCAGGGAUUUCCUGGACCACCCGGAUUCCCUGGGCCCCCAGGACCUCCCGGAUUCCAAGGAAAGCCAGGACCAACAGGACCACCUGGGCCCCCAGCAGAAAAAGGUGCUGAAGGACUACGUGGUUCUCCGGGACUUUCAGGUCCCCCGGGUUCUCCUGGACCUCCUGGAAUGCAGGGUCUACCUGGAAUUGAAGGGCUAGAUGGAAAGGAUGGAAAGCCUGGAUCUAGGGGGGAACCAGGUCCACCAGGGCCUCCAGGAUUGAAGGGGAUCCCUGGAUUUAAAGGGAAAACUGGACAUACGGGUUUACCAGGACAAAAGGGAGACUGUGGACCUCAAGGACCAGCGGGAAGCAUUGGUCGGCCAGGAGCAGAGGGUGAUCCUGGUCCUAUGGGCCCACAAGGACGUCCAGGUCCUCCAGGACACAUUGGACCUUCUGGAACUCCAGGACAACCAGGCCCAGCUGGACCCCCUGGACUUGGCUUGAAGGGUGAAAGAGGCUCCCCAGGUGAACGGGGACUGAUGGGUCUUCCAGGAGAACCAGGAGGCCCAGGACAUCCUGGACCAGUUGGCGAGAUAGGAUCAGACGGGGCAGCUGGGAAAGAGGGCACUCCGGGAAAGCCGGGUAUUCCUGGAAUACCUGGAGAAAAGGGUGAGGCUGGUGCUCCCGGAUCUGCAGGACCCCCAGGGGAGAGAGGAAGACCAGGGCCACCAGGAAAUGGCUAUGGAAAAAGUGAAUCUGUUGGAAUUGUUGGGCCUAGAGGACCUUCUGGAGAGCGAGGAGCUGCUGGUUCUCCUGGUCCACCAGGUGUACCAGGAAUUCCUGGAAAUCCUGGAACAAUGGCGGAUCCCAUCAAUUAUGAUGAAAUUAGGAGGAUGGUUCGGCAGAAGUUAUCAAGAUCUUUGAUGAGAGAAUGGCAUAUUAUACCACACGCAUGCAGAUGCCAGUAGAGAUGGUUGCCGCACCUGGAAGGCCAGGUCCACCUGGUAAGGAAGGAACUCCAGGACGUCCAGGAAAUCCAGGUGCACCAGGUUCUCCUGGGCAGAUUGGAAGAGAAGGAAGACCAGGAGUACCUGGAAUGAGAGGUGAACCUGGAACAAAGGGAGAAAAGGGAAACAAUGGAAUUGGUACCAUGGGUGAUGUGGGUCCACCUGGAGCACCAGGACCACAAGGACCACCUGGAUAUGGUAAAUUAGGACCAACAGGUUCAACAGGACAACAAGGCAUUCCAGGCAUACCAGGACCCCCUGGACCUAAAGGUAACACAGGCAAAGAUGGACGAUGCAACCCAUCGGAUUGCUACAGCAUGAUGUCAGUACAAGAGUAUCAGCCAAAGAACAUGAAAGGACCUGGUUGA